AUGCUGGAGAGGGGUGCCCGCUGCUUGCCAGUAUUCACCACGUUCUCUUUGGUUGUGCUUUUCCGGACCAGCUUAGUAGCCAGAGGCCACAACCCCUGUGUGCAGUCCCAGUCUGUCUGCUGCAUAGCUACAGAGGGACACAGGGACGGCAGCAUGACUGUGAAGGUCCAUGCCUGCCAGGCUUCAUGCCACAUCACAAAGAUCAAAGACGACGCUUUUGCUGGGCUCCGUAACCUCUCUGUUUUGCUUCUGACCGGCAACCCUCUCCAGUUCUUGGGACCAAGAGCAUUUCAGGGCUUGACUUCUCUGCAAAGACUGGUACUUGCAGAAACCUCCUUAUCCUCACUGGACAGUCUGCCCAUCGGACAUUUAAUGGCUCUUCAGGAGCUAAACUUGAGCAACAACUAUAUAGAUUCCUUAAAACUUCCCCAAUAUUUCUCCCAACUUACAGAACUUAAUCAUUUGAUUCUCCAGUCCAAUAGGAUCUCCUCGAUCUCUACAGGAGACCUGGAUUUCUUGUCCACUCACAAUCUGAAACUUGUUCUGUGUCGAAACAGCAUAAAAUAUAUCCAACCAAGGUCUUUUGAAGGAAUUUACCUCCAGGAAUUGUCUCUGAGAUCCAGUUUCCAGGAUCACAGCAGUAUGCAGAUUGGUCUCCUUAAUAUGUCUGGCCUCCAUGUUAACAGUUUGGUGUUAGGAAGAUACAGGAACUAUAAGAAAGAAGAAUCCUUUAACAAGAAUCUCUUGGAUGGUCUCUGUCACAUGGACCUCCAGGAAAUCACUCUCAUCAGCACUGGUGAUUCUUUCUCCAGAACAGAUAGUCUUUCUGCCUGUGUGAACAACAUCUCCACUGUGCGGUUUGUGCACACUUACCUUCGUACUAUAAACUUCCCAGAAAAUACCAACAUACACCAUCUUGAGUGCAAGGACAGUAAGUUUCAUCGUGUGCCGAUUGAGAAGCUGACUGUCUUGAAAAAGCUAAGAGUGCUCCACAUAACCAAUACAGAUAGACUCACUGAAUUUGAUUUGGAGUCGAGAAAUGGGGCUUUGCAGAAACUUGAGAUCCUAGAUCUCAGCAAUAACAAGCUUAGCACAGGUCUUUGCUGGUCUUGUCUCAAGGAACAUUUUCCAAACCUGAUGGUUUUGAACCUCAGCUUCAACCCGCUUGUCAAAGUGCCCGUGGAGCUCAUUGGCCCGACCACAUUGAAAUAUCUGGAUUUACAAUAUUCCAGACUACUAGGUCCAGGAAAGCUGCCAACUUUUCUGGGCCUUAAGAAACUUCUCUACCUUGAUAUUUCCCAUACCAGCAUUUCUAUUAACACAGAAUGCUCGUUUUGUGGCUUGCACAGCCUGGAAGUUCUGAAAAUGGCUGGUAACUCUUUUAAGGGCAACCAGGUAGCCAAUACCUUCACCAAUGUCACCAAGCUGAAGGUCUUGGACAUCUCCUACUGCCAGCUGCAGCAUGUGUCUCUGGGUAGCUUUCACCAUCUCCACGACCUCCGUGAACUGAACGUCAGCAACAACAAGCUCUUGGAUUUCCAUCCAGAGUCCUUCAUGAACCUGCAUGCCCUCCUCAUCUUGGAUUUCCAUGGCAACCAGUUGAUCACCUUGACCAAGCAGCAUUUGGAGAGCUUGCCGAGGGGCUUGAGAAAACUGGACCUUUCUCGAAACCUUUUCGACUGUUCCUGUGAUCGCUUGGACUUCCUGCGGUGGGCUACAGAACACAGGGACCUUUUUAUGCAGGCACAGAUGAUGAAAUGUCACAGUCCCUCAUACUUAGAAGAUACCCAGCUGAUGCAAUUUGACAUAUCUUUUUGCCAGGUCAGUACAACCACAGUGGUCAUUUCAGUGAGCGUUUCUGUGGUCGUGGCCUUGUCUUUGAUUCUAGUUUACAAGUUCUACUUCCACUUAUAUUAUAUGAUGUUGUUGCUCACUGGGGGGCAUUCCUCUACUGAUCAUAACAAAGUCUACGAUGCCUUUGUUAUCUACUCCAGCAAGGACCAAAGGUGGGUGAAACAAGAGCUGGAAGAAACGCUAGAAUCGGGAGUGCCAUGCUUCCGCCUCUGCUUCCACUAUCGAGAUUUCAGACCUGGCAUGCCCAUCAUCACCAACAUUAUUAAAGAGGGCUUCCAUAACAGCCGGAAAGUCAUCGCUGUGGUCUCGACCCACUUCCUGGAGAGUCGUUGGUGUAACUUUGAGCUUGAAGUUGCUCAGUCUUGGCAGCUACUGGACAGCAAAGCCAGCCUCAUCUUCGUUGUCCUAGACGGAGUGGACAGAGUGGUGCUGCGUCAGAGGCUGGGAUUGUUCCGCUAUUUACGGCGGAAUACCUACUUAGUAUGGAAAGACAAGGAAGUCAAACGGCACGUUUUCCUGAGGCAGUUGAAGGCAGCCUUGCUUGAUGGCAAAACGUGGACUGAGGAUCAGCUCCGAUCCAUGUUGGUGAACUAGGGUCAUGACUCCAUUUUCUGCUUUUCUGAGCCAAUCAAAAUAACAUACUUGGUCACAAGCUUUCACUAUGGUGGCCUUCCUGAAUCUGGCCACUAUAGAUCACAAUGUGGAUUGGGGAAAACAAAAAAUGACAUUGAAGAACGGCUUGUUUUUCUUUUAUGAGGGUUCUUAUUCACCAGUUAAAAAACAGACAAGAUCAGAUAGGUCAGAGACCUUGACCUGAUUACAGGGUUAGAGUACCCCAUCCAAAAGGAGAGGAUAAGGAGUCUAGAGCAUUUCUGUUCAUUAAAAAAAAGAUUACUAAUAGUAAGGACAUGGUAAAGGUUGGGUAUAUGGCUGCUAGGAAUGGGGGACCCCCUGCUGGUACUCAAUAGAGCAAAAAAGGGGACAAAUGUGGGGAGCACUUUUGGCUAGGAACCCAGAAGGGGUGUUGCUGCAUUGCAGAACGCUCCAGGAAUUUUUGCAAUCUCUAUGGAUUCACAGUGAUAUCACUUCUGGUUACAUGGGUGGAAGUGACAUCAUAGUGUAACACACUGCUGUUCGCCAGAUUUCUGCCUCCCCGGGAUUGCUAAUUAUGUGCUCAGUGGAGCAGCAGUUGAAGUGA